CCUUUAGGAAUGCAAAAUGGCCGCAUACGUGCAAACCAACUUACUGCUUCUUCCAGCUGGGACAAGAACCACGCACCCAGCUACGGCAGGCUACAUUUCCGCCGCGCUGGUCAUCGAGUGGGGGCCUGGUGCUCGCGGCAUAACAACCGUCUCCAGUGGUUUCAGGUUUACUUUGGUCGCCCCACCCGGGUGGUGAAGUUUGCUACACAAGGACGACAGGAUGCCCGUCAAUGGGUGACUCAGUAUUAUUUGACAUUUAGUCAGGAUGGAGUGCAUUCUGCUGAAUACAAAGAAAACAGUAAUCGAAAGUACUUCCAAGGAAACAGAGAUCAAAACAGUGUUGUCCAACAUCGCCUCUUUCCUAAUAUUAAAGCGCAAUAUAUUGAGAUCCAUCCAUGGGGUUGGUAUGGACAUAUCUCCAUGAGGGUCGAAUUCUAUGGCUGUGCUGAAGAUCGCUUUGUUAUGCCACUUGGUUUGGAAGAUAAGCGUAUUACAGAUGGUUCUCUCACCGCAUCCACUUACUACAAUCAUCACCUCUCUCCAUGGCAUGGCCGACUGAACAGCCGCUGGUCAUGGAGCGUGCGCCACAACCGCAGAGGGGAAUGGUUCCAAGUGAACUUUGUUGAGCUGAUGCGCAUAAAAGGCGUGGCUACCCAGGGAAGGCAGGACGCUUCCCAGUGGGUGAGAAGCUAUACAAUUAUGUACAGCGUGGACGGAAUGAAUUUCGUGUCUUACAAGGAAGGACGUACCACCAAGGUCUUCAGUGGAAACACAAACCGCCAUUCCAUCGUGUAUCACCAGUUCCUCAGGCCCUUUACGGCCAUAAACGUUCGUUUUUAUCCGAAAACCUGGUACGGUUGGAUAUCUAUGAGAGCUGAAGUUUAUGGCGCUUCAGCCUCUCCGUGUAACAAACCUCUGGGAUUACAAAACCACCGUCUUCCCAACAGCCGUAUUACAGCAUCAUCGGAAUGGAAUCAGUUCCACGCAGCCAGACUUGGGAGACUGGGUCAAGUCAAACGUGGCAAAUAUGUAGGGGCCUGGUGCACACGGUACAAUAAUCAUCUACAAUGGUUCAAGGUGGACUUUGGUCGACCAAUGAAAAUCACUAAAGUAGCCACUCAAGGCCGACAGGAUACCAACCAAUGGGUGACUUCUUUCUAUCUGUCGUCAAGUCAGGAUAACGUGCACUGGGAGGCAUUCAAGUUUAGAAGUGUAUUCAAGGUAAAAACAUAUGAAAAUACCGAUAAAAUCAAUCCUUAUAAUCAGGUGUUAGAUUUACAAAUUUUCUGCCCGAACUAUCUAAAUAAACAAUUAUAG